UGGUCGAUGAUAGUUCGGUUGCACUGGACGUUGCCCAUCAACUUUUGCUAUUAGAUGAACGUUCUGCAAAGCUAGUUAAGCUAGCAACGUAAAAUACAUUUCUACGCAUAAUCGUAAAGCAUUGCGUGGCGAGUUCCCGCCUUUUGGGAUCCGACCUGGCUUCUGCACGCGUCAACAAACAGGAAGAUUCCAGCAGUGACGAGGAGACUCCAUUUUCCAAAGCUGCUGGCCUGGCUAACCAGAGAUACGGCGCACAGCUAGCUGGAUACACUGCUAGGCUAACUUUCCCCUGAGCCACAGCAAGCUAGCAGCUUCAUCAACUGUCGAAGUGACGAUACUUUCGUUGACUACACACGACUCCCAGCAUGCUGAUGGUGGGAGGCAAUGGACGGAUGCACUAGAAUGAGUGUGAAGGAGCUGUGUGAGACAGAUGACCUGGCCACUGGUUUGGUGCUGGACCCUCUGCUGGGCUUCAGCACCCACAAAAUGAACAUCAGUCCCCCGCCCGAGAUCCGGCGAUGGGGUAACCUCAAAGAGACUCUGCUGCGCUUUCAGCGUACGCAUGACUUCAACACCACUUUCGAGGCAUUGACAGUGGGUGACCUUGCCGGUGACUUCUUCAAAGCUUUGGGAAAUCAUCGACAGGAGCUGCUGAGGCAACAUGUGUACCGUUACCUCAGCGCGUUCCUGUUGGAUAGCGGUGUCAAGAUUGAGCCGUGUGACAGAUACUCCUCAGAGACUAACGGAGCAAAGAUAACUUCCACGAGGCACUGGUUCAUAGCUGAGCGGGUGGAGGUCCUGCUGGGUUGCAUAGCAGAGCUGAGCCCCACUGACAGCGCCGUGCUGAGGGCGGGAGUCAACGACUUCAGCGUGAUGUAUUCCACACGCAAGCGCUGCGCCCAGCUCUGGCUCGGGCCUGCAGCUUUCAUUAACCAUGACUGUAAACCAAACUGCAAGUUCCUCCCUAGUGAGAAGAACAUUGCGUGUGUGGAAGUGAUCCGGCCCAUCUCACCUGGGGAGGAGAUCACAUGUUACUAUGGUGCCAGCUUUUUUGGGGAAGGCAAUGAAAUGUGUGAAUGCCGCACCUGUGAGAGGAACGGUGAAGGUCACUUCAAACACAGAGGGAAGCAGCCUGAAUGUGAAGAAACAAAGGACUCUGUAGGCCAGAAGUACCGCCUGAGGGAGAGGUACCUUCGUCAUCACAGAGAGAAGGGCCACCUUCCUCCAAGGCCGGCAGUACCAGGGCUCCACUCAGGUAUCUUUAAAGCCAUCCCCUCCAGGAAUUCCUUCACCCAGCAGAUGAGGAGGAACGCCUUGAAGAACAGAAAAUUAAAGCAAACAAAAAAUUGGAGACGAGCAAAGCACCGACGAUCAGGCCAGCGUCCAUUAAAAUCCCCCACACUCAAACAGCGGCGGGCGGUUCCUCCUGUGUCCGAAGUUACGCUGAAGGAUCUUAGAAUCAGAGUGCGGCGCCACUCGAUGGAUUUCUUACUCAGCUGUAAGGAUCCUAAAAGCAAAGAGAGAGCCUUGCUUCAGCAGCUGGAGGAGGUGAAGCCAAAUAACAGUGAGGUAAACUUGAAGCCCUUCACUCUGAAUUCGUCCAUGCCAACCACCCGCAGAAGUAAACCUGCAGUCAAUGGCUCAGGCGUUAAUGGGAAGUCUGUCACAGUGGUGGAAAAGCAGGUGGUUCACCUGAGGACCUCUUCGAGACAAAGAAACAUGGCUCAGUCCACGGCGAAGCAUCAAACGGUGGGCAGUAACACAGGAGACGAUACGACUGUUUGUCAGCCUGACGCAAACAACAAAAGUUGCAGUGCAAUAAAACAAGAGACGGAAAAAGCAAUCACGGAGAGUCAAAGCAACAAGAGCAGCAGCAACAAGUCCGGCGUUACUGACACGGCUGCUGAGCAAACACAGCACAGGACCAUCAGAGCUUCAUCGCUGUUAGAGGUUCAACAAAACGCCACAGACAGUCUGAAGAAGCUUGGAGACAAUCCACAAAUAUCACUGAAGCAAUACCUUACAGUCAGCAUUACAAGGUUGACAUUACCACAGAGUUUAGAUGCACAUGUUACUCCUGAAGAUAGGAAAGACAGUGUAGAGCUAAGAGGAAGGAGUGGUCAGCGGCCCAGACCAGCGCCACUGUCAGUGCAGGCAAAAGGAAGAGCGUCCAGAUCCCAGCAGAAGCUGCAAGGAAGUCCUGAGGUUUGUUCAGGGCUCAAGGGUCAGGACGAGCACUGCAGGAAGGACAUGCAGCAACAGUGCCAGCCUGGGGAACACCAAGGCGCACCACACUAUGGACCUGUUACGUCGUCUCACUCCAUGGGUUCUACAAAACCCAAGAGAGUGAGGUUAGUGGUGACAGACGGCACAGUAGACUUAGAUCUCCAGUACUCGGAUUAAUUUAUACCCACCGGAGUCACUGGAGAGUAUUUGGAUGUUGUUUUGCUCAAAGGUUGAAAAAAAAUAAUGUUUUGUAAAAACUGUAAUUCAUAGUCUACCAGUUAUUAAUAAUGCCCGCUGACUGACAUUUUUCUAAACCAUUAUAUGGAAGGACUGUUGAUGACUUGUACAGGGUUCUAACUGUAGCAGGCUUGUCAGCUUGUUUCAGCUACUGUAUGAUUUUUAAAAAAUGAGGUAUCCACUACAAUUUGUGACAAUACCAAAUUUAAAAUCAAAAAACAAAGCAUUAAUUCAAUUGUGACAAGGAGUUUGAACUUAAACAUGGACAGUCCUCUUGAUGUACUGUAACAUAGCUGUAUGAGUUUUUCUAAAACAUGUAUUGAAGUAGAGACAGGAGCACCUCACCGGUUGCUGGUACUUGUUGGUUUUAAAAAGGCAGCUUUGUGCCUCGGUCUUUGAUAUGUUCUUGUGACUUUUUGAAGCACCUGUUGAAACAGUUCACCCCACUUUUUAUACUCACAAUAAGCUUUUUUUUUUCUCACUUUUUUGUGUGUGCGAGUGUGUGCAUGCAUUUGGCGGGCAGGUGUUAAGGGAUCAAAGUAAGGUGUGUUGUCGUACCUGAUUGUGACUGUUGCUCUGCAAAAGAUUUAGUAAGGUCGUUAGUCGGUAGUGCAUCGAUGAGCGGUUUGUGCAUGUACAGUGUACAGUAAGAUAAUUCCCUGACCUGGAACAAGAUAUAUUUACGGACAGCUCUCCUGAAUGAAGAUGUGUCACGUGAUCCUGCAGCUUUUCACAGCUGCUCUCUUAUGGAUGAGCGAUUUAGAGAAAACAGCAAGAUGCUUUUUUUAAGGCCAGUUGUGCUCAAUGAAUUGAGAGAUGGUACAACAUGAAUUCUUUGUAUGGGAGUCCUCCCAAUUGGAAGUUAAAUAAAAAAACAUUUAAAUAUUGUUACAUCUAUUUAAGUGACAAUCUUUUCACAGAGUGACACACUUCUUCCAUUCACAUGGUCUCGUUUCAGAUAUUUUAAAGAGUAUAUAGAAAGACCAGAAGGAUAAGUUGUUCAUAUACAAUAGCUACUGUUUGUUAUGUUGUUGCUGAUGGAGCUACAUGUUCAUAGGUGUUUAUACUGUAAGCAGAGUUAUUUGCUGUCGAUUGUGGAAGUCACGCGAGUAUUCCCCUCAUGUCACAACGUACUGUAUGUUGAACCCAUUUACAUCACUGAGCGGGAGUGUUCGAUGCGACUGCACAGCCUUACAUUAUUAUCAUUAUAUUAUACUGUCAUGAUAUGGAAAGGCCAAUUAUUUAUUUUAAUAUCCUCAUCCUUGAAAUGGUGCUUUAAUGUAAUUUAUAUUUCACAUUGAUUGUUCAAACGAUGAAAAUGUUUUUUAUUAUUUAAUGGGACAAAGUACUGAAGUGAAUAUUUACACCGAGUAUUUAAUUUCAAAGAAUUGGAGAUCGUAUUCAGUUUUUCAGUUGUUACAGGUUACACUUUCUGUCCUUUUUCUAAUUGGCAGUUAGUCUUACUGAAAAUCUACUGUAGAAAUGUAUAAAUGUAGCCUAUAAAUCAUUAAAGACACUUAAUUCUUUUGUAUAUUUUCUGUUUUUGACUCCUUUUUUUAAUGUGGGAACACUUAAAUUACAAAAGCAUAUAAAAAACAAGCAUCAUAGUUUGAAUAUGAUAAUAUUAAAUGUGUCUAAUAUUGACUAUCAAUGCAAUCUGGAUUUUUGUAACUGAUUCUGUACCAUGUUAGGUCAUCCCUGUAUCAGUUAAACUAAUAUAUGUUCAUAUUUCUGUUGAAUUAUAUAAUAUUGUCUUGAUUAUUAGUUGUUUAAAAGCCUGAAAUUGACAUCUUCAAUAACAACAAGUGUCCAAAUCACCCCAGAUGAUUUACUAUAUUCGACAAACACAGCUUGAAAUCUGAAAUCUGAGAAAAACUAUCCAGAAAAUGUUUGACUUUGUGCUUGAAAAAUGAAAAUUAUAAAUAAAAUAGUUUCUGAUAAA